GGCAUGGUGGAGGUCAGAGGGAGGCGUGUGUGCAACACAUCUACAUCAGUUAACAACCGCUGAGUGUCUCCAUCCCCUUAGACUCCAUCAGUACCAACAGAUGCCCAUGCUCAUAUUAUGUAAAGAACGUCGUAUCCCAUGAUUUUAAAGAUAAUCUUUAAAUCAGUUUGAUUGUUCAUAAUGUCAAGCUUGCUUAGUUUCGGGGUUGAUUUGCGUUGUUUUGGACGUAUGUAAAAUCCUGAAGAUUAUAAUCGGGUCAUUCUGACUUCACAACUGGGAAAUAUGCGAAAAGACGUGAGGAUUCUGUUGGUUGGAGAACCCAAUGUGGGGAAGACGUCUCUGAUCAUGACACUUGUCAGUGAGGAGUUUCCAGCGGUGGUUCCUUACAGAGCUGAGGAGAUAACUAUACCAGCAGAUGUCACACCAGAGAGAGUCCCCACUCAUAUUGUGGACUACUCGGAAGCUGAACAGACAGAUGAACAGCUGUACCAAGAGAUAUCAAAAGCCAAUGUUAUAUGUAUAGUCUACUCUGUGAACAACAAGAAGUCUAUUGAAAAGGUGACAAGUCACUGGAUUCCUUUGAUAAAUGAGAGAACCGACAAAGACAGCAGGGUUCCUCUGAUCCUGGUGGGGAAUAAAUCUGAUCUGGUUGAGCACAGCAGUAUGGAGACUGUCCUUCCCAUUAUGAACAAAUACACAGAGAUAGAGACCUGUGUGGAGUGUUCAGCAAAGAAUCUGAAGAAUAUUUCGGAGUUAUUUUACUAUGCACAGAAGGCUGUCCUUCACCCUACAGGGCCUCUCUACUGUCCAGAGAAGAAAGAGAUGAGGUCUGCCUGUAUUCGGGCAUUGACACGUAUCUUUAAGGUGUCAGAUUUGGACAACGAUGGCAUUCUCAAUGAUCAUGAGCUCACCUUUUUCCAGAGAACUUGUUUCAACACCCCACUAGCCCCACAGGCCCUCGAGGAUGUAAAAAAUGUUGUGAGAAAAAACCUGACAGAUGGAGUGCAUGAUAAUGGGCUCACUCUCAAAGGUUUCCUCUUCCUACAUACUCUCUUCAUCCAAAGAGGAAGGCAUGAGACAACAUGGGCUGUACUGCGGAGGUUUGGAUAUGAUGAUGAUCUUGAGCUGCAUCAGGACUACCUGUUUCCUCUGUUAAAAAUACCACCAGACUGCACCACAGAGCUCAAUCACAAUGCUUACCUGUUCUUACAGAGUGUCUUUGACAAACAUGAUAAGGACAGAGACAAUGCAUUGUGCCCUGAAGAGCUUAUGGAUCUCUUUGACGUUUUCCCCUACGUCCCCUGGGGAUUGGAUGUGAACAGUACGGUUUGCACUAAUGACCAGGGCUGGAUCACAUACCAAGGCUAUCUCUCUCAGUGGACGUUAACGACUUACCUGGAUGUCCAGCGAUGCCUGGAAUAUCUUGGUUACCUUGGUUACUCUAUCAUUGCUGAGCAGGAAUCUCAGGCAUCUGCCAUAGCAGUGACCCGUGACAAGAAGCACGACCUUCAGAAGAAACAGACGCAACGGAAUGUUUUUCGCUGUCAUGUGUUUGGAAUAACUGGAAGUGGUAAAACUGGUUUCCUGCAAGGCUUCCUGGGCAGAAACCUUGUGCGUCAGAGGACCAUAAAAGAAGAACACAAAUCAUAUUAUGCAAUCAGCACUGCGCAUGUGUAUGGACAGGAGAAGUACUUGUUGCUCCAUGAAAUCUUUCCAGAUUUUGAUGUCCUGUCUGAGACUGAACUUUCAUGUGACAUUGUGUGUCUGAUCUAUGAUGUCAGCAACCCUUGCUCUUUUGAGUACUGUGCACGAAUCUUCAAGCAAUACUUCAUGGAUAGUAAGACUCCAUGUAUGCUGAUUGCUGCAAAGUCAGACCUGCCAGAAACAAAGCAGCAAUACUGUAUGACUCCACUGGAAUUCUGUCGCAAGCACAAGAUGCCGCCGCCUCAGACCUACACCUGUAACACAGCUGCGGCUCCCAGCAAAGACAUCUUCAUCAAACUCACCACCAUGGCUGUGUAUCCCCAUGCGCGUCUGCGCUGCAUGUGUACCUGUAACAGGUGUACCUUCUGUCUGUGUCAGAACUUCCUGAACUCUGAGCUUGUGCAGACGGUUCGGACCAAACUCUACACUGUCAUCUUUAGCAGGCAUAUUACCCAUGCUGACCUGAAGAGCUCUAUGUUUUGGCUCAGAGCAAGCGUUGGAGCCACAGUUUGUGCAAUGCUUGGCUUUGCAAUGUACAGAGCCCUCCUUAAACCUCGAUGAGCAGACCCAAAAACAUACUUCCUUCAUUUCCCAUCUACCCUAGUUAUUUCUCAUAUAUAGGGAAAACCAGUAGAAAUAUUUAGUUUUUAAAAAAGGAAGCAUAAAGUAACAGCUGUUCUAUUUAAUUAUUACUGUAGUAUGUACAUUCCCAGGUCUUGGGACUCUGUAAAACAGAACUCUAGAAUGUUUUUCUUUAAAUAUAAUGCAAGCAAACUGUAAAUAUGUAAAUGAGAGAAAUAUUUAUUUGUUACAAAGUGAAUAAAAACAUAUAGCAUUCAUAUUCAAAGUCAACAAAUGCAACACUUUGCUCUCGCUUUUGUCUCAAAACGUCUGAUGGACUGUUUUCAGUCCGAAAUCAUCCAAGUGUGAGAGAAGACAGGAAGUCCAAUCUUCUGCUUGUGUAAAUGCAAAGCUGUGGAAACAAUCUUGUGCUAUUUGCAUGCUUUAAUAUUUGACAAAUGUCAACAGAACAAUGAUGUGAAAGUCUUGUCAGUUUCCGCUUUUUACAAAAUUUCAAUAAACAGGUCCCUCAACAAUGUA